GGGCGGAAUUACAGGACACAUUCAGACGUCCACAACCGGUUAAUGUUACGGAUUCUAAUUGUUUUACCCGGAAGAUAAUGACCAGAGUCACUCUGUAUCAGGGUGGAAGACUGUUUAAAACCAAUCAGCACAGAGCUACGUUUUAGCGACAGAUUAAGACAUGCAAACAAAACAAACAAAAAUACAUAAAAAACUAAGAGUAAAAGAAACUGGAAAUCUACUUGGUGAAAUUGGAGAUAGCCUAAUUUUUUUUAUUUGAAUGCUGUUUUGUCUAGAAAAGCCUGAUUUUCCUCUUCACUGGUUCGUUUAGAAGUACUCAAUGCUAGAUACCCCACACACGUGAACGCACCUUCUACCCAACCCGGAUGUUUUGCUUCACGUCAGUUUGCUCGAGCUGUUUGGAGUCAGUGAAACUACCGGACACCGUACUUCCACACAGAAUAACACCGGUUAUCACUGGACCCGUCGUUCAUUUGAAAUAAACUGUUUGUUCUGAGUGUUAGCAACAAUUUUGAAAUGAAUGACGGAAAUCUCAUGUAGUUGGAGAGCAGAGCAGCCACACAGCGAACAUGAGCAGUCUUCAUUCUCAUUCUUGACUCUUCUGAUAACAAACAGUGAGUUCAGUUCCGUCCUUCAGUCCUUCAGGAUGCUCCGAGAGUCGUAUCCGUUCGUGGAGGACAGCUUCAGCCGCUUCCCGUCGCAGAGCAACGUUUACGGGCUGUGUCAGGCCGGGGAGCAGGAGCUGUUGGCGGCCACUCUCAAAGGGAAGGUGGUGUGUUUCAGGUACCAGGAGCUGCAGCAGAAAAUCCGACCUGUGGCCAAAGAGGUUCAGUUCACCUACAUACCAGUUGAUGCAGAGAUCGUAUCAAUCGAUGCCUUCAACAAGUCUCCACCCAAAAGAGGUCUGGUGGUGGGCAUCACAUUCGUGAAGGACUCUGGUGACAAAGCCACACCGUUCCUGAAUAUCUACUGUGACUAUGAGCCCGGAUCAGAGUUCAACCUGGAGUCUAUUGCACAAAGCUGCCUGAACCUGGAGUUGCAGUUCACGCCCUUCCAGCUGUACCACACAGAAGUGCAGUGUGACGAUGGAGGCAGAGAGACAGUAUUCCUGCUCAGUGGUCAUGACCAGAGGAUCCACCUGUACAAGGAGAACGCCUCCCUCCACCAGUUUGAGGAGCAGCCAGUGGAGAGACUCUUCCCUGAACUACAACAGCUACCAAGCAAUGUGCUGUGGUUGGAUGUGUUGACUAUAUCGGGUGGCCGGCGACUCUCAGCUUUUGGCUGUCAGAGCGGCUGCGUUGGACUGGCUCUGGUCGACCAGACAGGACCAGAGGUUUUGCAGAGCUGGCGGUUCCAGUUUGACAGUCCAAUCUCUACAGUGCUGCUGUUCCCUCUGAGCUGCCCAGCUGAGCCCAACCAGCCCAGCAGAGGGAAAAGUGUGGAAACGGAAGGCUACAACCUUCUGGUAACCAGCACUAUAGAGAUGGCAGUUGUCUACAGAGAUGUCCAGGAGCGAGGCUUGUCUCACCCGGUGUGCCUCUCAGAGAGUGACCAAUGGGACGCAGUGCUUUGUGCUCUGGUCAUUGACCUGGAUUUUGACGGGCAGAAGGAGGUGCUGUUGGGAACAUAUGGGCAGGAACUUCUCUGUUACAAGUUCCAGCCGGCAGGUAGCGGACGAGACGGACAGUUUCAGCUGCAGUGGAGGCGGAGCUUCAAGAGCCCGUUGCUGUCCAUCAUCUACCUAGACUUGACUGGGGACGGUUUGAGAGAGCUGGCUGUCCUCACACUAAAGGGACUGCAUAUCUUACAGCACACUCUUACCAGCACUGCUGAUUUGGUCCUUGAGCGGCUUGCCCAGAGGGUGUCAGCGCUGACAGCCGGCUCUGAGAUGGAGUCAGCCGAGGUUCAAGACAGAGAAGAUAAGGGUGCUCCAGCUCAGAAAGAGGAGUUUACAGCGCAGACACCAUCAAAUUAAGAAACACUGUGCCUUUUGUUUACAUGUGGAAGUCCCGAUGGUUCAGACUGAAGUGAUGGUGUAAUGUGAAGGAUGUCCUCAGGGGUGUGUGUUCCUGAACAGUCACAUUUAGGCUACCUUCACACUGCAAGUGCUCAAUCUGAUUUAUUGCACAUAUCUGACUUUUUUUGUUUGGCUGUUCACAUUAUUUUUAAAAUGUGGCCCGUAUCAGAUUCCAGAUUCUAAUAUUGGAAAUGGAAGCCACAGAAUACGUGUACGGUUUCAUUUAUAGGUUGAUGUGCAGUGGAAGCCAGCCAGUGAGCAGAUGAUAACAAGGACGGAGACAAGGAGAAAGAGAGACACAUUUUGAAUUAAGGCUGUUUGUGAAGCUAACACUGCCUCUUUCGUAUGGAGGUGUGUGUGAUGCUGAGUCAGAGCAAACACAGACCAGUUACCAAGUUUUGCUUGUACAUAACUGUCACCCCAAAUACUUAUCACUGUCCCUCCACUGACUGCCUCCACUGCAGCUGAGUGACUCCUGCCAGCACAGAACUGUGACAAAUGUAGAUCCAGAGUGAUGUAAAAGUCACAUGAAUUCUGAAAUGUGACUGAGGCCGCAUUGCAAAAAAAAUUAGACCUGUAUCUGACUUAGGGCCACAUAUGAAAUAAAAACUAAAAAGAUCAGAUUCAAUGUGAUUUGUGCUGUUCACACUGUCGUGAAAAAAAAAACAGAUGUGAGUCACAUAUGAGCACACAAAGAUCUGAUUUGGGUCACUUUUGUCUGCAGUGUGAACAUAGCUAGAGAAUCAAACAUCACAUUUGCCACCUGAAACAGUAACACACUGCCAUGUGGUUGAACACCGACUCUAGGUCAGUGGUUCCCUACCAAGGGACUGGGACCCCCACUAAGGGUCGCCAAAGCUUCAUGGGGGGGUUUCUUGAUUUUUAGGGGUUUUAAGGACUAUAUCUUAAUAUUUCAUACUUUUUUCUUGAGCAAACUAAAUGAAAUUGUAAUUUUUAAAGUAUAGAUUAUUAUUCAAGAUGUAAACUUUGAAGACCUGAACACAAGAUAUAUUCAGAGAGCCUUCAGUCUCUCAUAAACAGCCUCAUCCUGCAUUAGGAAAACUAAAACAACUGAAGAGCAUAAAACAGUGAACAGGCAUCAAGAAAACACUGAAUUUGUCCAAGAAGAAGUCUGUAUGACUGUUAAAUAUUUAAAAAUAACAAAUAAUAGAGGAUUGUAAAAAAAAAGUUACUAAUAUUAUCAGUAAAACUCAUCUGUGAUCAAUAUUCACAUUAAAUAAUCUGCUCAGAAUUCAUCCAAAUCUCCUGCAGUUACUGUGUUCACUGGUUGGGUUCAUUGAACACUUUAUCAGCUGUUCUCUACUGUUAUUGUUAUUCAUACAGUAUAACAUGAAAUGUACAGAAAAUAAGUCACUUAGUCAGAUUAUACAGUGAUAGAAAAAGGCUGGGAACCAGUGCUGUAGGAAACAGUAGAAGAAAGUGUAGAGCUGUAGAUACUGUGCAGUAAUUUGGAAAUAAUAAAUGACACAUUCGGCUCUCACUGUU